AAAAUCUUAUAUUGCUGGUAUAUUAACUGCACUUUCUAAUCGUAUUGGUGAUGUUGCUAUUUUAAUUUCUAUUGCAUGAAUGUUAAAUUUUGGUGGUUGAAAUUAUAUUUAUUAUUAUGAUUUUAUUUCUAAUUCUUUUGAAAUAAAGCACAUUACUAUAUUAAUUGUUUUAGCAGCUAUAACUAAGAGAGCUCAGAUUCCUUUCUCUUCAUGACUUCCUGCUGCUAUAGCAGCUCCUACUCCUGUUUCUGCUUUAGUUCAUUCUUCUACUCUUGUUACUGCUGGUGUUUAUUUAUUAAUUCGUUUUAGACCAAUAUUGGAUACUUAUAAUUGUGGUUGAUUUUUACUUUUAAUUGGUUGUAUAACUAUAUUUAUGGCUGGAUUGGGCGCUAAUUUUGAGUUUGAUUUAAAGAAGAUUAUUGCUCUUUCUACUUUAAGACAACUUGGUUUAAUAAUAAGAAUUUUGGCUAUAGGUUAUCCAAAGCUUGCAUUUUUUCAUUUAUUGGCUCAUGCUUUAUUUAAGGCAUUAUUAUUUAUAUGUGCAGGUUCAAUAAUUCAUAAUUUGAAGGAUUCUCAGGAUAUUCGUUUUAUAGGAUCAAUUGUUAAUUUCAUACCUUUAACUUCAGUUUGUUUUAAUGUUUCUAGUUUAUCUUUGUGUGGAAUACCUUUUUUAGCGGGAUUUUAUUCAAAGGAUUUAAUUCUUGAGAUGGUUUGUUUAAGAUGAAUUAAUUGUUUAAUUUUUUUUCUUUAU